AUGCUCAGGUGUGCCUCUCUGACCAGACGGAGGAUGAAGACGGUGGUGGCGUUGGCGUUGGUGGCUGGAGCGGUGGUGUUUCUGCUGUUUCCUGGAGGCUCAGAGGCCGACGACAAGAAGAAAGGCCCCAAAGUGACAGCCAAGGUUUACUUUGACAUGAAAGUUGGUGACGAGAAACUUGGACGUAUUGUGAUUGGAGUCUUCGGGAAAACUGUCCCAAAAACGGCUGAAAACUUCAUCGCCCUGGCAACUGGAGAGAAAGGGUUUGGAUACAAAGGAAGUAAGUUCCACAGAGUCAUCAAAGAAUUUAUGAUCCAGGGAGGAGAUUUCACCAGAGGAGACGGGACAGGAGGGAAGAGUAUUUAUGGCGACCGUUUCCCAGAUGAGAACUUUAAGCUGAAACACUAUGGCGCUGGCUGGCUCUCGAUGGCAAAUGCCGGGAAAGACACAAACGGGUCUCAGUUCUUCAUCACCACGGUAACAACACCCUGGUUAGACGGCAAGCAUGUGGUGUUCGGCAAGAUCCUAGAGGGAAUGGACUUGGUGAAGAAAAUUGAACAGACAAAAACUGACAGUCGAGACAAACCGCUGAAAGACGUUGUGAUUGAUGAGUGCGGAACUCUUCCUGUUGAUAAGCCCUUUGGGGUCUCCAAGGAGGGGGUUCAGGCUUAG